CAUCCACUGACAUUAGUGCGCGCAGAAAUAAUAUUGUCCACGGAAAUGACCUCACACGAAAUGGGCGCAUGAAUACCUGAAAGAAACGGUAAACACGGCUGGCUAGCUAGCAUGUGAAACAUCAUGGGAAGAGUGAGUAUUAGCUAGUACUAGUGUGCCUAAUGUGAGACAAGGAAUAAUCAGCAAUGGCCGAUGAUGGGGAGCUGAACCAAAUGGGGAGCCCCACCAGCUCAUCUGGUCAAUGUGGCCGCCAGACAUAUCGAAGUUGUGCCCAUUCCCGCAGCCUGUUGGAUGGGCUAUUUGGCCUGAGGCAGGGUGGCAUCCUGUUUGACGUAGUGCUCAUGGUGGAGGGCAAGCCCCUCCAAGCCCAUCGUAUCCUCCUGGCUGCCGCAUGUGACUACUUCAGAGGGAUGUUUGCUGGAGGUCUCAGAGAGACGCAGCUGACAGAGAUUCCAGUGCAUGGGGUGACCUACACUGCCAUGACCAAACUUCUGGACUUCAUCUACACAUCGGAGCUUGAGCUAGACCUGGACAACGUGCAGGAGGUCCUGCUUGCUGCCACUCUUGUACAGAUUGAGGAGGUUAUUGGCUUUUGCUGUGACUUCCUCUUUUCCUGGCUGGAUGACAGCAACAUCUUGGAAGUUGACAAGCUGGCUGAUGUGUAUGGGCUGCAGCAGCUGGGGGCCAAGGUGCACUCCUACAUCCUGAGGAACAUUCAGACGUUCUCUCGCACAGAGGUGUACCGCCAGCUUCCCCCAGAGAAGGUUCUCAGUGUGCUGAGCAGUGACGAGCUGGAGGUCAGCUCAGAGAACGAGGUGUACGAGGCAGCUUUGCACUACCACUACAGCCCAGAGCAGGUGGAGACAGAUCAGGUGUCCCUCCAGGACAAUCUGAGGAUGCUCGAGGCAGUGCGUUUCUGCCUCAUGGACAAACAGGUGUUGCAGAGACUGUUUGGGCGGCUGAAUCAGUGUCCACUGAAGGACUUUGUGGCAGCUGCACUGCGUUACCACGAGCAGGAGCUUUGGCAGCCCAUCCUGCAGGGCCCCCUCACCCAGCCCCGUUCCAACUUCAACUGCAUCCUUGGCUUCGGAGGUAUGUUCUCCUCUGGCUCACUGACUGAGAACGAAGAAUUGUUCCAGGUCUAUCACCCUAGCUGGGGUGAGUGGAGGACACUCGCGGCUGCUCAGGCCCCCCGCAUGUCCAACCAAGGUAUCGCUGUGCUGAACAACUUUGUCUAUCUGAUUGGGGGAGACAAGAACACCAGCGGCUUUCGUGCAGAGACUCGCUGCUGGAGAUAUGACCCUCGCCACAACAUCUGGUGCUCCAUCAAGCCCCUUCAGCAGCAGCAUGCAGACCACUGUGUGUGUGUGCUGGACGGACACAUCUACGCUAUUGGGGGGCGCGACUACAGCAAUGAACUGGAGUGUGUAGAACGCUACGACCCACACACCAACACCUGGGAAUAUGUGGCAGCCCUCAGGAGAGAGGUGUAUGCACACGCCGGAGCAGUCUUGGAUGGCAAGAUGUACGUCACUUGUGGGCGGCGGGGAAUGGCGUACCUGAGAGAGACCUACUGUUAUGACCCCCAGCACAACCAGUGGGCAGCGUGUGCAGAGGGGCCGGUGGAGCGGGCAUGGCAUGGUAUGGCUGCUGUCAAUGGACGAGUCUAUGUCAUUGGUGGCAGCAAUGAUGAGCGCGGGUACCGCCGAGAUGUUCUCCAGGUGGCAUGCUACAGCCCAGCAGAUAACUCUUGGUCUGUGAUGACUCCUCUACCAGCUGGUCAUGGGGAGCCCGGUGUGGCAGUACUCGGCAGCCUCAUCUACAUACUAGGUGGGCGCUCUCAUGACAAGAGCAACCGUAUGAAAUACGUGCACGUGUAUAACACAGAGGCAGACCUCUGGGAGAGUGGGACAGCAUUCGACGACCGUAUCUCCGGCCUGGCAGCCUGCGUGGUCCUCCUCUCCCGUGCUGUGAUUGAUCAAGCCAAGAACUGGGAGCAGCGCACCAAGGCAUCCUGGGAGGAGGUGGAUUUGGACAACUCUGAGGACUGACUGACUGACGUGGUCCUGACUGUGGAGGAGGAGACUAGAGCGGUGUUCAGAGGUGGCAUUGAACUGAAUCUGAGGGGAAUCUGUUAUUUGCUGAAUCUUUUAUUUUGCAUGCAAGGCUGAAUGAAUCCAUGUGGUAUUUCCCUAGCUUGUUUGAUACAGUGGUGAUGGGAGGGUAGUCUCUCCCUGCAUGUUGACCACGCUGAGUGCCUCUGAACCAAAGUGUUAACAAAAACCUUUUGCCUCUUUCUCUUGUGUUGUUGCUCCAACAUCUGUACUUCUGUAGGCCUUCUCCCGUCUUUGCAGCUUGCCCUCACUUUGACCUGAAGACGUUUCUGCGUGUGUGUCUGCCAGAUUGACAGAUUAAGGUGACUUUACCACUUUGGUCUAUCACUGCUGUUCCCCCUUUAUUUUAUACAAAGAGGAGAAGAAAGAAAUAGCCUUUUUUUGGAACACUUCCUCCACAAAAUCAUACAAAUGUUUCACAGCUCUUCAACUUAACAUUACACCCAGUUCAAAUGAGGUACAGAGGGAUAUUCAUUGACUAUGCAAUAAUUUGAUGAGGAGGAGUACUCGAAAGUGAUCACGGUUAACAAAAUCUAUAAUCUCAUAUUUAGUUUGACAUUUUAGACCUAAUAAUAACCUUUGCUAUUACAGUAUCAUUAGAUAUAUAAUAUUUAAUUUGUUUAAUGUUGCACUUGUGAAGGAAACAGGCCAUUCAUUUGCCAGCUUGGAAACCGAAACUGUUUGUCUAGUUCUGUUGAGCCUGAUUCAUGGUUUAUGUUCCAAUAUUGACCCUUAUAACCACUGGUUAUUACUAUGAUAUCAUGAGAAUGGCAUUUACUCAUCAUGCACUUAAAAGGAAUAAUGAUUAAUUUGUCUUAUUUCCACACUGUGCCUUGUUUUCUCUGUUACACUUAAGACAGGGUUUCUUGUUUGGUUGGAAAUGGGCCUUUAAUAAUGUGCCUCUUCUAUCACAGUUUAUCAAAUUGUUGUUUAUGAAAAAAGUCACUAAUUGUUGACAGUGGAUUUGAAUAAAGAUGUAGUAAACAUGUGAUUAUACUACAGUUGGUAUACAUGAAAUCAUCCAGAAUAUUUUACCCUGCAUCUCAGUAAUAAAAAUAAGAUCAUAUUCUAAACCACAA